AUUUAAAUUCCGUGAUGCUGCAACAAGAGCAAAUAAAACAAAAGUGUGUAUGCAAAUCAGCUUGAAUGACGCAAAGUGGUUAGAGCUAUCAAAUAACAAGCUGACUGAAGUUUAGCUUCAUCUAAAAUACAUAAGUGAAGUACAAUUUUCGAGUUUCCAAAGUGUUUUCAAACUAAAAAUCCAAAAGGAUUGUUUCGAAUCAAGCGAUCGCUUCUAGCUAGGUCAAUAGUUAUAGCAUCUGGCUAAUCUACGUAAGUCAACAGAAUGCUAGUAUUGCAUUGCAUUUGAGUGCAUCUCUCAGCUAUAAUAGUGAUACCUAUCGCAUUGCAACAAAUCUGUGCGGUUUAGUUAGUAGUGGUUUACCCCAGCAGCAGUGAAGUACAGUCGCAAAUCGUUGCAUUUAGUGUGUUCCUCUGAGCAGCAGCAGCAAUAAUAACCGCGACAGAUAAGUUCCAUUGAAGUCACGUUUUUGCAACGAAGUGCACACAUAGGUACAGCUCUCAGUACAGAGUAAGCCUACGCACUUGCAUCGUCUGGAACUGGAACGUGGUAUAAAACGGGUGUUUUGGGUGCUGGUGUGAGUGAAAAAACAACAAGGUAGUGAUUGAUAUUAUCGAGACGAAUCGAAAGCCCGGAUCAAUGAUUAGCAGCAAAGGUUGAAGCGCAACGGAAUACGAUUGACCGGUAAAGCACCUCAAUGGCUUCGUUCGCACAUUUUUGUGCACACAAUUCUACAGCCGCCGUCGGUUUCCUGCGAGCCCCGCAACCCAGUUUGAACGCGUGGUGAAUCACGUAACAAUAAACCACAGUGACAUCGGUGGGCUUAUCCUGUUGGGAAGAGCGCUUGUUUUUCGGGAAUUUUAAAAUCCGGGACGACGGGUUAAUGCUUGUUAUUUCUCACGUGCUGUAAGCGACCUCAUCUUGAAGCAUGGAAUGGUUGCUAGUAGGUCCGCAGAUAAACAGCAUUUUCGGUUCGCUAGGAUCGUUUGUGGAUGACACUUAUCUGGUCGACGAUGAUUGCCUCGUUGCGCUUGAGGAAAUAAUAUGCAAGCUAGCCUUGGAGGAUGCCACGCUCAGGACGUUCCGCCGGGCGAUUGGAUUUGGACAGAAUGUGAAAAACGAUAUCAUUCCCCUGCUGAUCCAUUCAAAGGAAACUAAAAUAAAAGAUUCCGCCAUCCGGCUGCUGGUGAAUCUGACGGUUCCGGUAGAAUGUCUGCUAUCGGUGGAAAACGUUUCCCAGUCGGAAGUAGGACGGCAUACCAUAUUUGAGCUGAACAAACUCUUAUUCACCAGCAAAGAAGCUUUCAUCGAAUGGAAGGCUACCAAAGCUGUUAUUGAUCACAUGAAGACAAUGCUCGAGAGAGACACCAAACUUUCGAUUCAGAACUGUGACAGCAUUAACAAUUGUUUGCUCCUGCUGAGGAAUGUACUGCACGUACCGGAACCAUGUCCUUCGACAACACAUCCACAUCCGACCUUCAGUCACGGCGGGACCUCGUUACAAAAUCAAAUCAUCUGGAAUCUGUUUACCCAGAGCAUCGACAAGUUGCUCGUCCAUCUGAUGUCAUGUCCCCAUCGGGCGUUCUGGGCCGUUACCAUGGCCCAGCUGGUAGCCCUGAUGUACAAGGAUCAACACAUCAACACCCUGCAGAAGAUGCUGAACCUCUGGUUCGAAUCGACCCUUUCGGAGAGCUCCAAUGACAACGAAAGCAACACCACGCCCUCGAAACAGUGCAGCGGAGAUUCCAGCCCGAUGCUUACCUCGGAUCCGACCUCCGAUUCCUCGGACAAUGGUAAAUUGGGAUCUUCCAAAAGUAUUGCAGUUUACUCUAACCCCAUUACCCCACUAGGAAGUGGCAAAGCGCCAUCCUCAAAUAAAGACAGCGAUGAAGCGGAGCCCGAUAGCAGGAAGGGAGAGUUUCCUUCCAAAAUUAUCCAGGCGCGGGCCGCCAAAACGUACCAGAUGUAUCAAAAUCUGAAAAACUCCGAAGGAAGUGGCCCCGCGGCCUGGAGCCCCAGCAGUUCGGAUUCGGCACAAAGUCUCCGAUCGCCGACCACAGAUAACAACCAAGAAGUCAAAACCACUACAGUAACUGUUAGUACUUUCAGCAAAUUACACAACCUUUACUCACCGUUGCAGAUGCCCUCUAAUAAAAAGUCGUCAUCGGUUGAAUUGGGAUCUCCGACUUCCUCGGGAGGAUCAUGCUUGAACUUUUCGAAAUCCGACACAUUUGAGGCCACCAAAAAAGUAAUUGUUUCGAAAGUUUCCAAUCCUGACCCGCAAACACAAGCUCAGGAAACGAAGGUUAAAAAUCAAGUGUCCCUCUCGGAAACCUCGGACUGUGGCUACGGAACUCAAGCUGAGAAAGAAUCCAUUUCAACGUCCAGUAACGAAGAUGACGGACCGAACCGCAAGCCAGUGCAUCAGAAGCCUCCACCAAAUCAGAAACAGCGAUUGAACGCCGCCAAAAAACAACGUAAUCCAGUGUCGAUUCAGGAAAAGAAAGAACUCCGUCGCAAGAAGUUGGUCAAACGAAGCAAAAGUAACAUUAUCAACAUGAAAGGAUUGAUGCAUCACGUCCCCACGGACGAUGACAUUUCCAACUUACUGAAGGAGUUUACCGUUGAUUUUUUGCUCAAAGGCUACGGCCAUCUAGUUCAAGAGCUUCACGCACAAUUGCUAUCGGACCUGCAGGGAGUGCAGAUCGAUACAUCACACUUUUUCUGGUUGGUUACGUACUUUUUGAAGUUCGCUACCCAGCUUGAGCUGGAUAUGGAGCAUAUUAACAACGUACUGUCCUUCAACAUUAUGAGCUACCUAACGUACGAAGGGGUGAUGCUAUGCGAGCAGCUAGAACAGUCCAGCCAGCAAGAGCUUUCAACGGAUUUGAAACCGUGCCUCAGGAGGAUUCAUUUGGUGGUCACGGCGAUCCGGGAGCUCCUCCAGGCACUGGACACGUACAAGAAAAGUGCACAUCUAACAAAGGAGGACAAGGAUAAACUGGUACUGCUGCAGCUCCAGAUUAGCAGCACGGAGGACCUGAAAUGUUUGUUCGUCCUGCUGCUUCGCUGUUACAAUCCCUCCCUCCAGAGUCGUCAAUACUUACAGGAUCUGAUUGUGACGAAUCACAUGUUGCUGCUGCUACUGGAUGGGGUUGAGGAAAUUCCCGGAUCCAGCUCCGGAGACAUGCUGAAUCACAUCAAACAGUUUGCGAAUGCGGAAAUUAUGCAUCAGUAUGGUCUCUUGUUGGAGAAUUUCCGAGAAAACGGAGCGUUUGUGAAUGAUUGUAUUUUUACUAUGAUGCACCAUAUCGGGGGUGAUCUGGGUCAGAUCAAUGUACUGUUUCAGCCUAUUAUUUUGAAAACGUAUUCACAAAUCUGGGAAACGGAAUAUGAGCUGUGCGAUGACUGGUCUGACCUGAUUGAAUACGUCAUUCACAAGUUCAUCAGUACACCCCAGCCGACACAGCUCACGUUGCCAGACGAUUUGCCGGAGAUAAGUACCCAGCUGCUGACGGCCAAUCUUCUGGAGACUUGGACUCAGGAAGAGAAGGAUUCGCUGCACUGGUACUAUGUUCAGUGCAAGCAGAGCAAGUGUUUGGCGGCCGACAUUCUCAAGCUCUUCCAGGAAAACGGAAACAAGAAGAUAACUCGUGUGUCGAUAAUCGAGCAGCUGCGGGAACAGGACAUCAUCAAGCUGCAGGAGUACGAUGAGCUGAUGAAGGUGGAAAACCCGGACUAUGAGCGGAACGUCCAGACGCCGGCCUUUUCGGUGGCCUCCGGCAAUUCGGGAAAACAGGAGGACGAAGGCUCUUCGAUGUCGAAGGCGGUCGACGACAUUCAGGUCUUGCGGGAACGGUUGUUGAAGGAGAACAAAGGAAAGUUGAUUGUGUGGCUGCAGAAAAGUUUGUUGGACUGUUGCUUCGUGAAGCUGAAUCUGCUUAGCGGUAAUCUGUACGUGACUGCCAACAUCAGCGGGCAGUGCAGCGUAGUCAUCAUGGAACCGGUAUCGUACCACUGCAUUUUGAAAAAGAAAUCUAUACCAGUCAUACCGUGGAACCAGGAACAAUUCAGCAUACUCUCAUAUCAACCAUUCAUACUGUUGCUCCAUAAGCUGGGAUUCCAUUUGCCAGCCGAUGCCAAGAAAAUGUUCGUUCGAAUACCAGAAUUUUGGACUGCCGACAUCCUGUACAACAUUGCUCAGAAAUUAGGUCCCCUGGAAAAGUCCAUCAUCAAAUUCGACUUAAAGUACCUUAACAAGGCCCUGUCGAUGGAGAAGCAAGCCAGCAAGGAGGACGAGCCCUGCCGACUGGUCCCGGAACAUCGUCCCGACAAUUAUGGCGCAAUAGCAAGGUCGAAUAAGUCAAAUCCUGUUUGCAGAUUUACACCCGAAGUCACCACCAACUGGCUGCAGCUGGUCAUGAGCAACAAGGUCGUAGAAAGAACAUCGAUCGAUUCCCCAGGAACAUCUUCUGGUAAGCGAGAUGCGCCCAGUUUGCUUCAUCCGGGAUGUAUCCCGAGCCUGCAGACGUCUAGCCACGGCAAGCUGUCUCACGAUUUGUCCAUCAUCAUAGAGGCCACUAACGACGAUCUGCAAAUCGAUGACGUUAAGGACUCGGAUACGGAAGAAACCGAUGACGACAAGCUGGACUUUUCCGAUGGGCCCACCCUGGAGGAGCACGAUGUUAUGAGCGCCUGUGAGACGGCAUCGGUGGCAUCAGACCUAACGAGGAUGUACGUGAGCGAUGAAGAGCAUUAAGGUCCAUUUUGGAGGAUAUUUAAAAAGCUGGCUCCGUCGAGUUCGAAGAUAUUAAUCAGAUCGUUCAACCAGGAGUCCAAAAGAGCUUCUUGUGCAUGUCAAAAAAGUUUGAAUUUAAUAAGUUGUCAAAAUUAGUAAUCAGAUGUAAUUGAGCCCAUACAAGUUACCAUACAAUUAUUCCUUCAGUGAAAUCUGUGGAAUACUUAAGCAUCUAGAUGUUGUUACUAGUCUGACUGUUAAAUAAUAAAAUACAGGGAAAGUUUAGUUUGAACAAGGAGAACUUUGCAGUUGGGAACCUAUUUUGUACAAGAUAUAUUCCAGAAAUAUAGUAGAGCUAGGCACCAAGGCAUUGCAGAAAACCAGUGUGAGGAAGUAUUAGAGUGGCUUAUUAAAAGUUAGAAACGUAGAGUUUUUAUGAGAAAUAUGAUAAGUUUAUUAUUAAAAGAUUUAAUCCCAAAAAUGGACUAUUUUGAGACAGACUUUUAUCCUUAAGCUAGAAUUUAUACUGUAGCUAAAGUAAGUUCGAAUAAAUACAGACUAAGCAAACCAGAGAAAGAAUAAAAGAAAAACUAGAUUUAAAACGCGUUUAAUUGUGUUAACCAACCUUAAUAACGAGAGUCUUCAAAUAAACAGUAUAGAUACUUACAUGUAAAUUGAAUUUCUGUAUCUGAGUUACCUAUACACAAUGUCUUUUUGACCGUUGAAGAACUUUCAAACUGGUUUACCUGAACUCACACACAACUACAUAUGUUACCAUCUAGUUCAAAGUCAAACUUGUCCAGAAUAAAUAUAAAAAUUUGAUUUUGUC